AUGGCAUCAGCCUCGGAUAGCUCGGACAACCAUGCGGUGACGGACCAGUUUCCGGAAAGUGAACCUUUACUGGGCCAUCCGGGCGAUGCCACACAACGACAGGGAGAGAGCAUCAUCCGCAAUCUAAUUACAGGUGAGGCGGAUCGGAAUCAGACAAGCCAGUUGGCGGCGCUCGUGUGGUCCAAUCUGCUUUCGCACCCAAUUAUUCUCUUUACGGCACAUCCGCUUCUUGCCAGCUCUGCCCUACUGCUUCAAGUGCAAGCUACGCUCAUCUUGCAGCCGACCACAACCCCGCCACAGAAACGCCUCGGCACCCGCAUCCACUACAGCAUUCAACUUCUCAGUAUCCUGUGUUUCCUCGGCGCCUUCAUUGUCAUUGAGAUCAAUAAAGGCGAUCACCCCCGUCUGACUUCUCCGCACGGUGUUCUCGGCCUCCUCACCGUCAUCAGCGUGGUGCUCCAGUCCGCCGUGGGCAUUAUCCAGUUCUUCUUCCCAGUCACAGUCCUAGGCAGCGCUGACGCCGGAAAGCGGAUCUAUAAGUAUCACCGUUGGUCUGGCUAUGUUCUGCUACUGCUGGAGGUUUCAACUGUUGUGGCGGCGACGCAAACAGAAUACAACCUAAGCACAUUGCGAAUUCCGACCUGGGGCGCGGUGAUAGCCAUCAUUCUAACUUUGUCUGGCUUGGGUGCGAGGAUCAAGAAGCAUAAACUAGGGCUGUGA